UUCAGAGGAGACUUGUUAAAAUUAGGGCCAUGAAGCAUUUAAAGUAACUGUGCUUCAGUAUAGGUUUCACAAACAAGAAGAUACUUCAUCCUCUGGCACAUCAGCAUAACAGUGUCAUAAGUAUAAAGACUUAAAAAAGAAUAUAUGAGAAAUACGUCUUUUCCACGAGGAAAAAAAACAGGUGUUCUUGAAGGAAAUUGCUGCUUUUGCAGAGGUAGAAAUGAAUAUGCUGAGGACAUAUCCGUUUAUGCAACCGUAAAUAUCCGUGAAUGGAUAUGAUAUGAAUCCAUAUGCCAUAAUAAGGCAUUGGUGUCUCUGCAGGUGUAGGUUACCGCUGGUGUCAGAGACGUGGUGCUCGUCGGAGCUCAACUUCCUCUUGGAUCACAAAUGUUGAUCAUCAUCAGUUUAAUUGUUUCUUCAGAAACCACAAAAUCUCUCUGAAUUUCCCCCUCCACAAAAGCAGCUUUAUGACUUUAUUUACUUUAUGACUUUAUUCUCCUAAAUUUACAACUUUAAUCUCUAAAUCUUAAAAAAAAAACACACAAAAAAAACAAUGUUGUCCUGAUCCUCUGCUGUAGUUUUGUCAGCUUUCUUAUUUCUAAUGUUUUUGAUUGCUGUAGCAGAGCGGAUCAGUUGUCUCUAAAUCUAUAAUGUUUGCUUAACAGAUUUUAGUGAGUUCAGAGAUCAUGCUCUCAUACAGCCUGAGCUGACUGUCUGCUGAUUUUGGAUUUCUUGUAUUUUCUUUAAAGACGCGCUGCGUCUCCAAGCGAGUCCAGCCUCUCACCCGAAAUGCGAAGCUGUGCAGCGGCACGCAAAGAAUUCUGGGAUACCAACGUCACGAAAGCGUGCAUAAAUGCACGAUUGAAAAAGGGGCGGGGGCAGUGUGGUUUUGAGACCGAAUUUGAAGCAUGCUUAGUAUUUUGUGCCAAAUGGGACACCGUUCGUGCCACGUGAUGACCUCACGCACGCUUCAAAUGCGCCGUUCGACGGUUAUGGUCUCUGAAAUGGGACACAGGAAGGGUACUUAAUGGCACAUAACGGCACAUAAUGGCAGUGCACUCAGCUAAGCGCCGUUAAGCGCGCUUAUCCCGAUGUGGUCUCUGAAAUGAGACAUAGCCAUUGUGUUUGCUGGUAGUCUGUUGGCAUCUAUAGUAACACAAAUGCUUUUUACUUUGACGUUGACUGGGCCCCAUUUGUAAUUAUCUGAAGUAUUUAUCUGCAUCAUAUCUGAAUUUAAUUGAAACCAUACGAGCAAGGACAAGCGUCUGUUUGGGGAUGGAGCUUGCUGGAGUGGAGAGGGAGGGGAGAGGAGGAGCUGAGGGGAAAACUGGUUGGGAGGGGUACAUUCAAGAUUUAUUCCAAAAACUGGCACUUCCUCAGUCCUGCCUACCCCAGCUUUAACCCCAUGAUUGAAAUGUCCUUUUCAGUCAUGGUCAAUAACACUAUGCACCUGUUUUUUUUUUUGUUUGUUUGUUUGUUUUCAGUUUUACAUUUCACAGGUGUUGCACAACAAGUCUAAGGAAGUUUAAAAAGUUAAAAUACAGUCAGGGGGGAACGAACUCUUGUAACCACCACAUACUUCAACAGUUUGUUGAGCUUUCUGUGUAACUUUGAAAUUACUUUUAACAUUUAAAAAAGUAUCAGUUGAAAUAGUGGUAUACCCAUUGGGAGGUUAUUAGCUUUGAGGUUGAUAGCCUUGCUGUGUAAUCUUGAAAUUUCACUGGUCCCGUUGUUCUAUAACAAAACAGAUGAAGGUGACAGUAUUUGCUUGUUUGUUUGUUUUUUUCUUUUCAGGACAGGAGCCAAUUUUACCUGUUGUUGAUUUUUCAUUUCUCAUCCUCUUUCUUUAAACAUUAUCUAAGACAUUCAUGGGAAAAUCCCUACUGUUUAGUUACUCCAUUAGAUAAUAUAAGGCUGAUAGGUAAGCUUUGUAUUGCUGGAAGAGGCUGGUCAGGUUACAGGAGACUGGAUUGUGUACUUUGGACAAUGCUGCAAUACAGUUCAUACCUGCAGGUGCAGAGGGAUCACCUUUUGAUUAAUUUAUAGGUCUAAUGAGCUUUAUCUUCUGCUUGUUAGGGUGCUACAAUCAUACUUUAUGUCAACACUUUUCAUUGCUAUGUUUUUAGUUCGCCACAGUUUUUGUACUCUCAUUAUUGCAACACACAUAUCUUAUUGUCCUGACCUAAAAACUCAUCAUUAAGUGGAAGUACAGAAAUAAAUGAUCACAUUUCCUGUUACUGCAGAGAUCUCUGUAUUUCCUGUCUUCUUUCAGGUCUUUGACUUGUAUAUCAUUUACAGUAUGUCGCCAUGAGAGCUUCACUUUGUUUGCAUUCUUGUUUCAGGUUUGUGAACACUUUCCACUGAAAAUGUGAGGAAGUGAACAGUAAAUCUUUUGACCUUGCAAUGACCAGUUAUCCCCUCCCUCCCCUAUUUCCUGCUCUAACAGAGACUUUGAACGUCACUGCUCAGUGUUUGCUCCUGUCAACAGUGUGGUAUGUGUGUUUGCUUUACUGUGAUUAGAAAUUAUUAAGGCUAACUCACAUGCAGUUUAAUGUUUAUGUAUCAUUGAGAGUCAUUCCUCACAUACACCAACCAGCUGUGGCUCAACCCAGUUCAACAAAAAAAAUCCUGUCUCAGUCAUUUAUGCAAGUAGGCAGAGAUUUAUGACCUGGAUAGAUUAUAAAAGCAAACAAACUUUAUGAAGCCCCUAACAGUGUUAUUGAAGAGGUAUCGUGGGUAUUGUGUGUACAUGUGUUUGUGUCCUAAAUGUGUAUGUGCCUCAGCUCUGUUUGCUCUAGUGUGUGUUCUUAAGCAGGGCAGCAGCUUGUUGCACUGAACCACAGAGGGCUUGUCACACUGGUUUUCCUGAACGCCCACACACAAACACGAACACAUGCUAUGACACAAACAUCAGCAGGGCGUGGAAAGAGUCCCUUUAUAACACUCCUCUGCUUUUCUGUCAGUUCUGCGCUGUAUUCGUUCAGGAUGGCUCUCUCUGGCAUCUCUCUUUAUAGCUGAAGGUGUGUGUUUCAGAAUCAGGAGUAGGCAGCUUUCCCUCUGUCAAGUCAGGAUGGCAGGGGACUGUGUUCCUGAGGGUCAAGACUUGAAAGAGUUGGGUGAGGAAGAGCUUUGGGAACUGAUCAACGACAACCGCCACCGGAUCUCCCUGGGAGCGCGGCCAUGCACCUUGAUCCCCUACCUGAGGCAGGCCAGGGUGCUCAAUGAGAUGGAUGUGGAUGAGAUUCUCUCUUGCCACAACCUUACCAACUUCAGCAUGAGAAUGAGUGAGAUUUCUGACUACACUUCUUGCUUCUUGUAUUUGAAACAGAGUUUAAAGCCAGAGAGUUGCAGUUCAGGUUGCAGAUUAAGUAUCUUUUAUUGAAACCGGUUUGUUUACAGUGACUGUCAAAUCUCUAAUUAAAAAAACAAGAAAUACUAACUAACACUCAAGUGCUCAGAAUGACUAUUUAUCACUUAAACCAGUAUUGCAUACUGCCUAUCAGAGUUUUAAAGUGUAAAAAUGUGCUUAUGUAAUUUUUCAAGUGUUUGAUUAUUGUGUGAAAAAAUGUUGCAUUCUCUCUGAAAAGAAAUUCAAAGGCAGUUUUUGUUUUUACUUCUGAAUUAAAAAGAACUGAAGAGGAAACAGUUUUAUCUGUCUGUUAGCUUUUGUUUUGAAUGCAUGUCUAAAAGAUGUCUGCUGAUUCAAUUGAAUUGGACAAUAUUGAACAUCCGCAUCUGUUUCCAGGCUAUAUGUUAGAUUUGCUGAGGACCCAGGGGAGGAAUGGUGCAGUGGCUUUACUGGAAAGCCUGAUGAUCAACCACUCAACCCUGUACACCCAAGUUACCGGACGGAAACCCAGCAUUGAACCUUCAAAUUUCAGUGGUCAGUGAUAUGGAGUCUUCAUGCAGUUUGGAGAUGGGAAUUUUUAUCUCUGUGUUUUAUUUACUGCAAACAGUGUGGGUCUUGUGAAAAGCUAGUCCCUUAAUUUAUUAGGAAAUUCUGGCAAAAACUUUGGUGAUAUUAUGUUCUCAUCCAUAAAUGCAUAAAGCCACACAAAAAAUGGGUUUGUAGAAGUCUUGUAUUGCAUGAGCUUGCUCUUGUCAAUAGUAUAUUAGAUGUUGAUAUGAUAUUAAUAUAUCACUAUUGGACAACUAAUUAAAAAAAACAGAGAAAAAGAAAAAAUCACAGUCAUCAAAGCAAGUACUGAGAUGAAAUCAAGCAAGUACGAUCAAAUCAAGUUUGGCAAGUGUGUUUUUGUCUAGCUAAUGCUAAACAAAAUCUUGGACGAUAUGUUUCACAUACCCAUACUUACUGUGUGUCCUACCCACAUUGCUUUCUUUGCAGGCCUGAUAAAGUACUCCGAGCUGACAGAGCAUCUGGUCAGAGCUGUGACAGGAAUGCAGAAGGAGCUUCAGGAAGCACGAUGUGAGGCAGGCAGGAUGAGCUCACGCUGUGCUUCCCUGGAAUCAGAGAUUGGGCAAAUGAUGGAGCAGGAUGAGAAGUCCAGAUGCCUCCAGUCUGAAAAUGAACGCCUCCGGAGGCACCUGUGUUCUUUACAACACGACGUCACUAAGCUUAAGGAUGAAAAGUGUGAUGUGUACAUGCGCUACACGGCUGCCAUUGAGGAGAAAUCAGCUGUGAACAUGCACCUCCAUGACCUCAACCUGCAGGUCAGUGUUUUUCUCCAUAAUAGUCGGUAAGCCACUUUAGGACACUCAUUCAUACCACCUUGGUGCCAACACAACUCUGACCUCUGGAGACGUACUAAAUAAAGUCAAGGUUAGAGAACUGUAACCCAAGCAUGGCCGCUUGAUGUUGAUUUAGAAUAUAAACCUACUGCACUAUGAACACUGCCAGUGAAAACUUUUGUAUAAUGUCUUGGUGGCUCUUCUGAAGCUCCUUCACAUCACCAAAAUAAUUCAUGCUUUGGUUUGGAGGCCUUGCGUAAUAUAAAGUAUAGUAGCAGUACAAAUUUUUUUUUUUAAAUGUGUACCAAGGGGAGGCUGCAUUGACUUCUGAGACAAUAAUAGAAAUGUACAAAAAUACAAAUAAUUAGGGAUGGGGAACAGAUUUUUUCAUUGUGCACUUGGAGAAAAAAUAGACGCACUGUCCUAAAUAUAGAGAGCCAGCCAAACUCUCUAAAUGAAAAACAUGAGUCAAGAUGUAGUGCUCUACCUCCAGCUUUAAUGUAGACUCUUGUAGAGUAUGUUGCUUUCUACAGAACUGUUUAUCAGCCACAUUACACAAACUGUGCUCGAAUAUGUAAAUAUAUGCUGCUAAGGUAUGAUGUGCUCACAUAUCCUAGACCUAGACAUAUCAGCCGUAAUCUAGCACUAAGCAUCAAAGGAAACACAAUAUCUAACCCAAGAAAAUUUAUCUUUGAUAAUGCAAGAUGAGCAUGUGUAUAAAAAAAGAUUACUUACGGGCAAUGCUCACGAUGAGCCAAUCUAAGUAUUGAAUGAAGAAUAACACCAAGCUGGUCUGCUGAGAUCUCUCUGCAUUUUAUACAAGUGGUCAUACAACCAAUAGGUGAUGCUAAAGCAAAGUAUACUGUUCUAAGUGCCUGGACAGCAGUUUAUAGCAUUGAGGGAAAAAAGACCAAAUUUUGUGAAAAAUAGUUCUGAAUGUGGAAAAAAAAAGACUAAAAUGAAGUCUGUGAUUACUUAGUCCAUUGAGAGUUGUCAGGGACAAAACACUUCUACACUUGCUAGCAAACAUUAGCUCUCCCUUCCUCCUUGUGUCUGUUUACUUGUAAGAAAAAGACAAUCCAUUAUCAAAUCACAUGCACAAGGAAAAGCAGUGUGUUGUCUGUGCAAUCUCUGGUAUUUAGUCUUUUACCUUGGUGUUGUUUUUCUCUGAUCUCAUAGAUUAGCACAAUUUCAGAGCCAAGCAGCUGGCCAUGACAACAAAGGUCCUCCUCCCUUUGUUAACACCAUAGUGAAUUCCAAGGAGUCACACAGAGGGAGUGUCUGAGAUAAUUUCUUCCCCAGCUGUAUAUCUUGCUGAAGGCAUUUGUAAAUGUUAUGUUUGAACACUUAUGUUUAGAGCUUUGUUUUUGGUUGUCAGUGCAUGAUACAUCAGUAUAUAAAUGAGGAAAUGAAAACACAAGGAAAAGACAGAUCAAUUACAGUACCAUACAAUCACCAAAAGUUAUCACUAUGUUACCCUUCAGACACUGGUACUUCAGCACUUCUUCAGCAAUGACUACAACUUACAUUGAAUGUCCUCUGACUUUGUUGAAAGCAUAUAACACAAACCGAGGGAGUUAAAGCACUUUAUGUGUGAAUUCAUCCUUAAGUUUAUCUUCGUUGGACAUAAAAAUAGACCACGUCAAUUUUCUGAUAGUUUGCAGAAGAGCUGACAUGAAGAACGUGAUAGUAUUGGGUUUCAGAACAAAAAUUCCUUUCUCGGAUCACAGAAGGACAGAAGUGACCUGUUUUCAGCUCCAGGUUAAGAACACCACAUCUCACAACUACAGGGUGUGGUGAGACUCAGUUACACUAAGACAUCUUAUGGUCACUGUUUAGUUGUAUCCACCAGGAUAUGCCAAAUUGCUUUGUGGACUGCUGUUUUAUGUAGUGAGUUUAACAUUUUUAGCUGUUGCAAUUCUGAUGCUUUUGAGACCAUUAGUGACUGUAUUUAGUUAAAAAGGUAGUUUGGCAGACAGUGAUUCAUCAAAGUCUCAUGAUUUGCACCUUUUGGGGCAUUACUACCCACCAGGCCUGAAGUGGAAAAGUUGUUUCAACCUGUGGUAAGUUGCCCUCUUUCAGGCCACCCGAAGCCUUGCUUCAGUCCCUACGUCAGAGUUUGUUUUCCCUGACAAAUUCCAAGAUGUUCAACCUGUAAGACAGGUUUCUGUUAAUUAAUGGCCAUAUACUUUUACUUCUCAAGUUGGAGGUAUUUCUCGGAGAUUCCACCAGCUAAGAUAGGGAGACAGUGAAAGAGGAAGAGAAAGUUCAAAAGCUCAGAAGUAAAGCUAAACAAGUGUCUCCAUAUUUAUUCUUUGGUGUGUGUGUGUGUGUGUAUGUGUGUGUGUGUGUGUGUGUGUGUGUGUGUGUGUGUGUGUGUGUGUGUGUGUGUGUGUGUGUGUGUGCGUGCGCGCUAAUGAUCAUAAUGAUCACAUGUCAGGGAGAUGUGUGUAUGGCAUGUGUUCAUUUUUGAGAAGUUGUUCCCACUUGAACUUAAGCUGAUGACGUUCAUUACAGAUUAUGGUGUGGUUUGUUCUCAGUGAAGUUAAAGCAUCAUGAACUGCAUUAUUAAUGCUGACAGCCCUAGUGGAAACUAACGAGAAAAGCCGUUCAUUUAAUGAAAAAAUUAAUUAAUAGCAGGUAUGUGCAUGAUCUGGAAAAAUGCUGUUGAGAGGCACAAACACAGCCAGUUGUGGUAGCUGAGGUGAUGCCACACGCUUAAUAAGUAAAACUGACUUCAAAAGUGUUAAAGCCUAAAACAAAUACAAACUACUUUUAACUACUUUAUGUACUCAGUAUGUAUAUACCACCCCUAAUAAAACAGCACAUUUUUCAUAUUUAUUUGCAGCUGAACUCUUGAAUUAUUGUAACUCUGGUAAUGGCACAAAGUGGAUCAGUUUCCUACCACUUUCCAAAAGCCUCAGAGAACAAGAACAAAUACUUUUUCAGUCUGUGGACAAAUUCUUGCAUGACCAGAGGGAUUGUGGUGAAUUACUCAUCAUAGAUUUGUAUCUAUUGCUAAAUGUAAACAGUCAGUUAAUAAACUGUGCAUUCUUUCCCUUGAGGAAUAUAGUAGUAGUUUACCACCAACAGGGUGUGACUGUGGAAGCAAAUGCAUGUUAUAUCCAUUGUAAAGUGCUUUGAGGGUCUCUGAAAAAGCGCUAUAAAAAUCUGAUGCUUUAUUAUUAUUAUUAUUAUUAUUAUUAUUAGUAGUAGUAGUAGUAGUAGUAGUAGUAGUAGUAGUAGUAGUAGUAGUAGUAGUAGUAGUAGUAGUAGUAGUAGUAGUAGUAGUAGUAGUAGUAGUAGUAGUAGUAGUAGUAGUAGUAGUAGUAUUGUCCAUGAAUUGAUAUUAACUAAUUUCAAGGACCUGCAACUUUUGGCACCUUGGCUCUGUUUUAUUUGAAUCCUCUAUUGAGAUGCUCUACAAUUCCAUUAGGAUUUCACUUGUAUUCAUCCAGAGCAUUUGAAUCCAUGAUAUAUUGAAUGUUUUGCUUAAAAAGGACCCUCUUGAAAAUAUUACUACAUUAGAGUAGAACAUAAUUAAGUGUUAAUUUGUAAUUUCUCACAAAUGUGCGUUUUUCAGUUAUAAAAUAUAGAAAAAAUGCAAUGAGUAAGCAAUGUUGUUCUUGUGAGAUUGCAGGUGUAUCAGCUGCAGACAGAGCUGCAGAAGGCACGCACAGAGAAUGAGUUCCAGAAGCGACGCUCGCUGAGGUGCACCUCUAGCGUUGACACUCCUCAACUGCAAGAGGAGGUCAAAAGUCUUCCCUGUCAGCUUGUAAAGGUGGAAAACUGUUAAAUGAUCAAAUCUAUGUUAAAAUCUGAGAUGAUGGGGGACUUUGAGACUACUUCCAUGUGUAUGUCUCAUACAGUCUGUGUGUGUUGUGUCUCUGCCAGGCUCACCAGGACAUCCUGGCCCAGGAUCUGGCUGAGGCUAUAGGCAGCCAAGCUGAGCUCGCAGAGCAGCUCAGGUGUUACAGAGAGGAGGGUGAAAAGUUGUUAAAAGAGAAACAAGCAGUGAGUAAGGUUUUUUUUUCUGUAUUUUCAGUCGUCAUGAAAAGGCAAUGCAGAUUAUGUUUUUAAGCUAUUAAGAGCCUUUGACUGUCCCACUGCACCUCUGAGCCUUAACAUGCAAAAGCCUUUGGUCAAAAUUUCUAAUCAAAGUUCUUUUUUCUUUUCUUUUUUUUUCUUGAGCUCUCAGUUUUAGUCCUUUUAAAAAAACAUACAUAAGAUUUGAAGCAGAAAGUAACAAAACAAAAAGGAGAUUGUUCAGUGGUAACAAUGUACAGAAUCCAUUUCAGAGAACCAAAACUAAGGUUUUUGUUUGUCUAUCGGUACAUCGACUUGUUUAUUAAAUCAACUUGAUAAAGCUGUAGAUAUCUCCCUGAAACACUUGUUGCCACAUCAGAUUACCAUUUUUGUGUUUGGAUUCAGCUCCUGGAUCAGAAGGAGUGUCUGAACCUCCAGGUGCAACAGCUGACCCUGGACUGUAAAAUGCACCAGCAGAAGAGCAUUGUGAUCCAGAACCAGAUGCGAGAGCUGCAGGCAGAAAGAGAUCAGGUGAGGAUUUGUCACUCUCUCAUUGACUUUCCUUUGGGAACUCUAUUAUUGAGGCAUUUUUUUCUGUUUCUCUUUUUCUCUGCCUUUUAACACAUAUUGUCGGCUGUUUUUCCUGUUGCAAUGUCAGCUAGUCAGAUGUCAGCAGUGCCGAUGUGUGGAGAUCAUUUGUCUGUCAGCUUUUUGACAUUCUUGUUUCUAUGUUUUGUAAGUGUCUGUGACAAUAUUUAUAUCUAAUUGCCAGGAGACACCAGUAAAACCUGUUUAAUGAAACACUAUUACUUUUGUCACUGAACAACACCUAAAUUAGCUUCCACACCCUGCCUUAGAAAAGAGGUUCUUCCAUAAUUUUCAGAGGUGAGAGGGGGACUUGAUAACAUUUAUUCUUUAUUUAAAAGAUAAAGAAUUUUUUUUUAAAUGAGCUCUUAAACAAGCUCAGUGGCACACAAUCUUCCUUCCAACAAACCGACACCACAGAAAAAUGUCAGUGGUGUAGCAACAUUUUUCCAAAAGUGACGAAGGUUGAGUAUAAACUUUGAAUAUGUUUAGCAGAAUAGAAGCCUUAUUUUCUGAUUUGUUUGGUUUUGUUGACUGCUUACAGCAGGCAUGUUAGAGUCCAGUAUGUAACAAUGACCCAAAAUGUAAUAACUGGUUGAUGAUGUAACAGGAUUCUGAGCCAUAUUCUGCAUACAGAAUGGACGCUGUCUGCCUCCUUGCUAGGUAAAGCCACCAUGAGAACAGCACACUCUGGUGAUGGGCUGCAGUAUAGGUCAUAAAUCCCGCCUCCUUCAGAAAUCCCUAUGAAGUUGUGGACAAACUUUAGAAAUGAAUUACACAGAAUAUGAUUUUUGCGAUGUUGACAUGUAGUUAUCGUAAGAUUGGUUUGUGCUCAAGUCCUCUUUUUAAUGUGCAGCUCCGCUUUUAAAAGUUAUUAGGAGGUUUAUAUUUUCUAUGAUUGACACUUGUAACAGCCUAUGGGCGUAUGAAGAUUGUGUAGCUCAUCUGAGGGAUACACUGUUUGAGCCGAGCGUCAUCACAGCGACUCUCAGCGACUGUUCUGCCAAAUGCGUACAAUGUUACUGCGUAAGUGGUAGAUCCUGUAGGUGGAGAAAAUCCUGGAAAUACAGAGAGCUUUUCGGCUUCAAAUCUGUAUAGUGACGGAAGGUGGAACCAAGUUGCCCAUAUAUGGUAUAUGCAGUGUUUCCCCUAGCUUUUUCGCUUUAGUGGUGGUGGUGGUAGGGAGGUGACAUAGACAUAUGUCACUCCGCAUACGUCAUACAGGGUUGCAGGAGAUAAGUCAACACUGUUUUCCGGGCUGGGAGAGCUUCUACAAGAGAGUGGCCCUCAUUUAUCAAUCUUGCGCAGAUCUGAGUGCAGAUCUGACACAGGAUUCAUCCUACGAUAGUACACACGUGACAUUUAUGAAAGGGUUCUUAUCUGACCAAUCCCAGCGUACAUAUGAUCAGGUCUUGAUAAAUGCGGCGGCUUAAAUCGAUCGUCAUUAACAUGUUUACACCCUUAAAUAUUCGUGGUUCAGAAGCCUCGCCCACUGAGGUCAAACAUUAAAGAGGAGAAAUAUUACAAAGAUUCGAAACUUUUCCAAGCUGAAAGUGGAUAUCCUCAUAUCUGUGGUGGAAACUAACAAGGAUUUUCUCUUUGGAAGCAUCAAAACUGGUAUGAAAGCAGUCCAGAAAACUCCUGUCUGGAGCAGGAUUAUGGAGGCGCUGAACAGCGCCGGAAUAGUGGACAGUGGCUGAAGUUUGAAUAAAUCAUUAGUCAAUAAGUUGCUCAUGAAGAUAAAUUAAUAUCUCAUACAUGCCUCAUAUUUGUUUAUUGCCGUGACAAAGGGUACGCCGCUCCUGUUAUUGAAAGUACUUAGUUUUAAUUUGUUGCGUCUUUGUAAUGUAGAGCAGACUGGAGAGUCUGACAGAGGCUGAACAAAAAUAAUUACUAACUUCACCUAGCGGUGUGUUGCUGCCCCUGAGGCACAUUUUUAUGGAUUUCUAUUGGAUUUUUAUCACUGAUUAAAUAGUAAGAGUACUUUCUAAACUUACACUUUACAUGUCAGAAUCCAUCGAUAAGGUCCUGUCUCCUCUGUACAGCACCUUUGUGGAGUCUCUUCUCGUUAUUGUUCUCCGGACAUCGGGUCCUCCCGUUGCACUGGCACAGCCAACGGCACUCCAUUCGCCAGUGCAACUUUGUACAAAACUGAACUGACCCAAAUGAUGUUCAUCACCCUUUCAGGAGUGUACAACAACGUCCCCGCAGCUGGGCCAAGACAGAGACACCUGCCUUUUAGGAGUCAAAGGCAGCGCUCCACAGUGGCGCGUGUGCGCAAUGUUAAAACAGCGCUCCUGCUCUGUGGCAGUGUUUCUGGGCAGAGUUAUCAAAUAGGCCUAUUCACUAAGGACAUAACAAAUUUAUUUAAUUUUAUUUACAUCUUAAUCUUUAAUGAAAUCUGGCUGAUUGUGCUUAAUGACAGGUUUGAGGUUUGUAUAUCAAUUAUUUUGAGACAGACAUUUGCUGCACCGCAGAUCCACACUGACUCAAACUUGCGUACACGAUGUCAGACCUGUCGUAAGAUUUGGUCGUAGCGUACACUCACAUACAGAUUGAGAAAUGCUGAUCCUCACGUCAAAAUUGUCAUACGCAAGGUGUACGCAAGUUUUCUGCCAUACGCAAGCUUGACAAAUGAGGGCCAGUGUGUGGUGUCAGCAAAACUACAUACCAUCUUUUUGAAGAAUGCAGAUAUUUUCAAUUGGGGUGCUGAAUGUUUGGGGACAGUUUAGUGCUCCAUGACUAGUUUUUUUAUUGUUUUGUUGGUGGCAAACACAAUGGAAUGGAGCCUGGCAGGAUAUGAGUGGCUAGCGCUCAUGACCAGAAUACCAGAAUCAGUAGUGCUGUCAUGCCACGCCUAUGAACUACACGGCACGGCACGUCAGCAUGUGUGUAUGUUGUGAGAGAGAGAGGCAUUAGCAGAGAUCCCCGCUCCUUGCUGAAGACUGGAGAGAUAGAUUUUUCUUUAAAGUUAUAAAACGGUUGCGAGCUUUAGAGUCUGAAAUUACAUAAAUUAUAUUUUACAGGCAAUUUUGUUUGAUAAAAAUAAAAAUUAAAUGUAUAUAUUAAUCUACAACUUCAAUUUCUGGGUUGGGAUCUCAUUGGCAGGGCAGACCAUCCUGCUAAAUACACUAUAGGGGAAACACUGCUAUGUUCUGAGCUCAAAAUGUCACAACUUUUUGCCCACAGUGUAACAACUUUUUAAAAAGGUGUGAAAAUUGUGAAAAUUUAAAUAAAAACAGAAUACAAUGAUUUGCAAAUCCCUUUCAACCUAUAUUUAAUUGAAUAUACUAUAAAAGACAAGAUAUUUAAUGUUCAAACUCAUAAACUUUAUUUUUUUUGUUGCAAAUAAUAAUCAACUUAAGAAUUUAAUGGCGGCAACACGUGACAAAGAAGUUGGGAAAGGUGGGAAAAAUACUGAGAAAUUUGAGGAAUGCUCAUUAAACUCCUAUUUGGAACAUCCCACAGGUGAGCAGGCUAAUUGAGAACAGGUGGGUGCCAUUAUUGGGUAUAAAAGCAGCUUCCCCAAAAAUUCUCAGUCAUUCACAAGCAAGGAUGGGGCAGGGUUAACCACUUUGACUAUUUGCUCACGCAGUUGUUCACAAACAGUUUAAGAACAACGUUUCUCAAAGUACAAUUGCAAGAAAUGUAGGGAUUUCAACAUCUACGUUCCAUAAUAUCAUCAAAAGGUUCAGAGAAUCUGCACGGCUGGAAACCAACAUUGAAUGCCCGUGACCUUCGAUCCCUCAGGCGGCACUGUAUCAAAAACUGACAUCAUUGUGUGAAGAAUAUCACCACAUGGGCUCAGGAACACUUCAGGAAACCACUGUCAGUAAAUACAGUUUGUCGCUACAUCUGUAAGUGUAAGUUAAAACUCUACUAUGCAAAGCGAAAGCCAUUUAUCAACAACAUCCAGAAACGCCGCCAGCCUCUCUGGACGCAAGCUCAUCUAAGAUGGACUGAUGCUAAGUGGAAAAGUGUUCUGUGGUCUGACGAGUCCUCAUUUCAAACUGUUUUUGGAAAUAGUGGACAUUGUGUCCUCCGGGCCAAAGAGGAAAAGAACCAUCCCGACUGUUAUCGAUGCAAAGUUCAAAAGCCAUGAUGGUAUGGGGGUGCAUUAGUGCCCGAGGCAUGGGUAACUUUCACAUCUGUGAAGGCAACACUAAUGCUGAAAGGUACACUACAGGUUUUGGAGCAACAUAUGCUGCCAUCCCACCAACGUCUUUUUCAUGGAUGCCCCUGCUUAUUUCAGCAAGACAAUGCCAAGCCACAUUCUGCAUGUGUUACAACAAUGUGGCUUCGUAGUAAAAGAGUACGGGUACUCGACUGGCCUGCCUGCAGACCAGACCUGUCUCCCAUUGAAAAUGUGUGGCGCAUUAUGAAGCGUAAAAUAUGACAACGGAGACUGUUUAACAAAUUAAGCUGUACAUCAAGCAAGAAUGGGAAAGAAUUCCACCUUCAAAUCUUCAACAAUUAGUCUCCUCAGUUCCCAAACGUUUAUUGAGUGUUGUUAAAAGAAAAGGUGAUGUAACACAGUGGUAAACAUGCCCCUCUAAAAAAUACUUUGGCAUGUGUUGCAGCCAUGAAAUUCUGAGUUAAUUAUGUUUUUUUUUUGCAAACAAUAAAGUUUAAGAGUUUGAACAUUAAAUAUCUUGUGUUUGUAGGGUAUUCAAUUGAAUAUAGGUUAAAAAAGGAUUAGCAAAUCAUUGUAUUCUGUUUUUAUUUACAUUUAUCACUAUUUCCCAACUUCAAUGGAAUUGGGUUUUGUACAUUGUGGAUCAGUUACCACAUUUUUUUUUAUUACAUGUCAGGCUCAACACUUUUGUUACAUUGUCAUUGUUACAUAUAAGAAAGCACAUCUUAAUGCCACACCUCCACUUAAGUAAGGGUGUGGUGUCAAUAAUUACAGCUGGAUUUCCUCCAGGCUGGAUAUGAGCCCUGCUCUCUCAUUAAAAGAGACACUAUAAUGCCAUUUGGCAUUAAGGAUGCCUGAAGUGGGGGGAUAUCAGACCUGCUUACUUUUUUUGAGAGCCGUUAUGUUUUGCUUGAAUAAGGUGUACACUUCAUUUCAUUUCAGAGUUUUAAAAACUUUUAAUAACACAACAAGAUGGUCUUAUGUCCUGCCAAAAUAAGAUAAGAUAAGAAGAAAUUAUUAUGAAUUAUUAUGAAUUACCAGGUGUUGUUUUUGGUUGACUACAGCUGUACUCUGUAACGUCAUUAAUGCUAUGAAUUAUGACAUGUACAGUCCGACCACACCCUGCUUGAGGGUGUGAACAUGCUUUGAUUAUCACAAACAGGUUAUAAUUAACAGGAUCAUGCUUGUUGUAUGUUGUUGCAUAAUUUACACAUCUGCUGUUCUGUGUCUCUUGCCAUUUUUUAUAAACUGUUGAUCUACAAAAGCUUUGACAGAGGGUAUUUAUUAGGAAAACUGAAAGUCCUUUCGAGAUCCAGUGACAAAACAGCCUGAUGCUGUCUUGAGCAGCUGUCUGUAGCUUAAAGCUUCAAAAACAUCAACAGUGCCCUUCAUUUUUCCCAUAUUUAAAUAUGUUAUGUAAGAGUUUUUCUCUCUUUCAUCAUAGCCAAUUAGAGGUAUGACUUGUGCGUCAUUGUACCACAAGUUUCUGUGAUGUGUUUUUCCUACAUUGUUGUGUCCAUGCGAAUACGUCAAAAAACUGAAAGAUUCCAGCUUAAGGUGUCACAUCAGUGAUAUCCUGUGUAACACAGGGCCUACUGGCAGGGACGUCAACACCUACAUUGACACUUUUUAUUGCGCAACUUCCUCACUGAUCCCCUGGCUGUCUGAAAUACCUGAUUCUGGUGAAUCAAAACACUGUAACACCAUUAUGUAAUGCUGAAUGGUGAAAGUGAUGCCUUGGACAACUAGAUCACACAAGUUGUAUCAUAUAAGGUCAAAUCUCGGAGAGGAGUCUGGCAGGCUCGUUUAUGAAGUUCAUCAUUUCACCUUAUCCUGUUAAACAGUUUCAUACUCUCUAUUUGUUUGAGGAGCACAAAAGUUUAAUAACAAGGGGAAAAAAAUUAAAGGGAGUUGAAACACACAUAAGUCGAAGUAAAAGAUACGUCAAACAAAAUUAAGACAACAGACACAAAGCAACCACAAACCAUAACCGGUUUGAGUAAAAAUAUCAGACUGAAAAGUUACAAGGAAAGAGACCUUAUACAGGUGCUGCUGGGUUACAGGGGUGGAAAUAGCUCUGGAGGUAGAGCGGUCGUCCAUCAACUGGAGGGUUGGUGGUUUGAUUCCCCCCUAUUCCUAGUCUGUCUGUUGUAUCCUUGGGCAAGACACGUAACCCGCUUUUCUUCCAGUGUGUGUCCUCCAGUGGUGUAUGAUAGUCGGAGAUGCUGUAGGUGCGAAUUGGCAGCCAUGUUUCUGUCAGUCUGUCCCAGGAUAGCUGUGACUACUAAGGUAGUUUACAACUACCAGGGUGAGACUGUGUGAGUGAAUGAAUGAUGAAUCCAAUGUAAAAGCGCAUUGAGGGUCUAAAAAGCGCUAUAAAAUUUGAUACAUUAUUAUUUUCUACAUCUGCUCAGAAUGUCAGUGGGAAAUGUGAGCAUUUAGAUUUGACCAUGAUUAAAGGAUUGAGGUUGAUAAAAACAGUAAAGCAGAACAGUAUCAAGACUUUGGUGUGAAUGAAAAUGUUGUUGUUUAUGAAUGUGUAUGAAACCAAAUCAACCUGAAAUCAAUACAAGUGAGUGGACAAGAACCAUAUGCAUUGGGAUUCUACAUUGCCUUUUGUCCCUUUCUUUCCCUGACUGAAGGGAAAGAGCCUAACUGAAGCCUGUACUUUUAUGAUCUAAGUGAGAGGUAGCACAAUCAUGGUCAUCAUGACAUUGCAAUUGCAGCAUGCAGGUGUUCAGCUUAUUCUGUGUAAAAUAAGUCCUGUUUGGUGUAAAAUAAUCAAGCAUGGUUCAAUGGUUUACAGGCUUACUUAUCAAGAGAUGAGGCGCAGGGAACAAUUGCUCGUGUUUUUGCUGAGAAGGACACUCUGAGGAGUCAGCUGGUGGAGCUCCAAGAGCAUGUCUUCAGCCUGCAGGCCAGCCGCAACUCCAGAGGACAGACGCUGAGCUGUGAUGUAAUGUUUGGCACAAGAAUAAGGCCGCACACAUUAAAGACAAGCCAUUCAGGAGUGAUGGUGUUAAAGUAGUGACCUGAACAUUUGUCAUAGGAGACAGAGAUGCAAUUGGAGAGCCCAAGAUCUAGCUGUGAAGAUUGUCCCAUCAGCCCUAGACGAAGACUUCGGCGUAUGGAUGCAGUCAAUCCCAUGUCGAUGACUGCCUGCAAUCCAGAGGUUUGUGUAUCUUUGUCUCAAUUAUAGACUCGGUAAAUCAGUUUUAGGAGAGUUGCCAGAAGCUUAACUGCUAUAUUAAUCCCUAGUGUGCAUCAUAAAUUGAAAUGUUUGAAAAAUAAAAAAACAUGCAUGGAAAUGAGUGAAUGUCAGUCCCCUAAAAAACCCAUUGUUCAAGUUGUUUUAUACUGCAGCUGUUUGGACAAGUAUUCUUUUUUGUUAAAAAAAAAAAGAGAGAGAGAGGUUUUGGUGGUAUUUGAAGACAACAGAUAUACACCUAUAACCUUUUUGAAAAGUUUAGAAUUAAAUAUAGCAACUAAAGGUCUUAGGGCUGAGUGCCAUAAGUGUAGUAGAGAAAUUCGAAAGCAAUUAAAGACAAAUAAUCACAUUUAUAGUAUUUACAAAAAUGGCUUGGUUCGUUUGGUAUCUACAGAAGAUGUUUUUUUGCAAUUGCAAUGUGCUUUGUGAAUUACUUCCUUAAAUUCAGACUAAUUGAGCAAAGUAUAAGUUCAAAAAGUCUACCGAGUCAAGCUCAGUCAACAGUUCACCAACUGAGCCUAACAACAGCUCAUUUUAGCUCAUCUCAGCAAAUUCCCUCAGCACGUCAAAUGUUUAUCUGGACCCUUCAUGGAAAGUAGUGUUCCAUUUAAACUGCUUCAGCCUGCCUGCUCAUGCUGCUUCCCUCGCAAAGUGCUUUGUACCCUGUUUUCACCACAGCUUCUCCUUUUUAUGGUACGCCUGAUUUUUCACGAGUUGUGAACAAUGCCUGCUCUGAACCUGGUAUGCACAUGAAUGUGGGGGAGGUGUACUCUCCCCGCCUCAGGCUUUUUCCACAUAUGUACGUGGAAGGGCAGGGAAUUUUUAGAAUGGAGCCAAAUACAACUUAUUGCUUGCAAAAUAUCUUUUUCUUUAACAAAAGUGGUCUUAAUUAACAAUGUUUUUUUUCUUUUUUACUGAAGAGCAAGUAUGUAUUCCAUGUGUAUCUUUUUCAGUGUGAAGACCCUACAGCUAGUAGUAUCCGAUCCAAUAAUGCAGAGCCCCCAGGUCCAGAUUCUCUCCGCAGAAGAGAGGAGGCCCUCUAUGCUGAUAGGUCUCUGUUUUAAGUAUCACAGUUAUUGUAUUUCCAUUUUCUACGCAUGCAUCUUUGCAAGUAUAUUUAUUUUUAAAUGACAGAGCUGUUGGCAGCAGACCCACCAGGAAGGAAGUGUCUUUGCAUUCCUUUCUGUUGUGGUUAUUGUUCCAACUUUCAAAUGGAUCAUCAAUUAAACACAUUUAGGUCACAAAUAAGUAGAGUUAUGAGCAGGUUUCAGAGGAAAUGUCAGCUUAAAACACUUUUUUUAACAUGUCAGUGUUCAAAGUGAGAACAAGGGUUUAGACUUAUUGUUACUUACGGUGAACCCACAAAACCUGUCUUCAGGUUUAGGACUGACAGAUAGUUAUGUCAUACUUGGUAUUUCCUCAUGUGUCAUGUAAGCUCAGUUUAAAUCUCCUGAACCAACAUUAUCAAUCUUUGUGGACAUAUUUUUGUGUCAGAAAGGGACAGGUGAGUUCAUGUAGCUCUUCUCUCUCUUUCUAUCUUAUAGCUUGGAGCAAGCUGAGGCUGAUUCUCUUUUGGAUGGCUUUGUUUUUAUUCCCAAUGGUAUGUAUAGCAAACAUGUAAAUGUUCUUUGUUUCAGUGAGUGUUUGUGUGUUUAUGUGUAUGUAUAGAGGGUGCAUGGGGGGCGGGUGACUGUUGUCUGGCAUGGCCCCCUCUCGCAGUUUUUCCCUGUUGUACCUCUGCCAGGGCUGUAAAGUGACAUAUUAACUCAGGCACAUUAUUCUCGAGGAAACAAACCUGAUGCCAAGUCAUUAAACAGCCCCUCUUUUGUUUAGUGAUGAGUGAAGAGAAGCACAUGUCCAGGCUCUCCUCUGCUAAUGAUGGGUGAGUCUGCCACCAAAUCUGCCUUGUUGUAUUUACGAGUUCGCUGUCACAACACAUUUUGAACAAGUACACUGCAGUCUGCUUGAUUGUAUUUAAUAUGUUAUCGUCCAUUAAACUCUCAGGGUGAUAGAAAAUUCACAAGACGAAAAAUAGAGAAGAGAGCUACGUUAUCUUUGAACAGCAACUGUCGACUGAAUGCCUCCAUCUCUAGCCCAUAUGUGAACUUCUAUUUUAAUCAUCAUUUAGAGACAGCAUACUGAAAAAAUAAUGUCAAACUGUAGAGCAGCAAGUGAUCCUUGGUUUUGAGUGUAAUCCAGCACACUAGAUUGGAGAGAAAAAAAAAAAACUAUUGGAGGUCUACAUUUCUGACUCUAAAAUUUAAAAAGUAAACUAUGAAAGGUCAGAAUUGAAAGGUACCUUAUCCACCCCUCUAAUCUGUGAAGCAACAGUAUCUUCAAAGAAUACAAUAAUUCAGACAAACUAACUAAUGCUAUAUUCAGUUUCCAACAAGUGUGAUUUCAAAUUUGCAGUUUUAGCACCAAAAAAAAUGCAGACUUGGCUUUCAUUACCAGACAGUUCUAUGUCGUUGACAGCCUAAGUCUAAGUCUAUCUAAACCACUCAACAGCUCUUUCAAACAAAAAGUCAGCACAUUUUCUUAAGCGUAGAACAUCACCAAAUAUGAAACAGUCUCUCCAUUUAUUUUGUCACAGACUUGAUUUGAUCACAAGCUGUAAAAACUCAAAUCCCAAAUGGAUGUCAUUAACCUUCAUUCUGAAAAUAAAAAAAUGUAGAUUCAAUGCUUGAGGUUUGGCACAGUCAUGAUUUAAGCCUUAUAUCAGCACCUACUGUCAUGAGCCAGGGUUAAACAAAAGAAAAGGACCCAAAUGCAGAACAAAGGAUUUAAUUAAAAAGAACUAAAUGAAAAAACAACAAAAACUUUCUUUAAAAUGUCCAACUCAAAACCAAAGGCAAAUCUAACAAAAGACACUGGGGAAAAAAAAAAACACAAGAGGACUAGGGAUACUACCACUACCACUACCACUACCACUACCACCACUACUACUACUACUACUACUAAUACUACUACUAUGAAAGACACUCACCACAAAUACAAUGAACCAACAAAGACAGAGGGGAAGACAGGGACUACAUACACACACUGGAAAAUGAGCAACAGGUGAGGCAAAUGAGACAGGUGAAACUCAUGAGUGACUAACGAAGGAGGGAAAACUAGGGAAGUGAAACCAGACCAGAAACCCAGGGAAUCGACUACUACAAAAUAUAACAGGACACACUGAAAACUGAUCUAAAGAAUAAAACACAGAGAACAUGAGGGAAACAGGGUCAAACACAAACUGAAAACUCACAAGACUGGAUCAAAAGAACAAUAGGUGACAGACACUAGGGAAAAAAACAGAAAAUACACUCAAAUAACAAAACCAGUGAAAAACUAAAUCAACAGAACAUAUUGUGGCACCUACUUGCUAAAAAUCCAGAUUAAAAACAUGAUGCAUUGCAAGUAUAAUAUUGUCAGUGCUCUUUGUUGGCAUGCAAGCAUGAAGCACAGAGAGCUAAAAACAACUGAGGCUGAUGAGAAUUUGACUGGCUCUGCAGGUCUUCAAUUCUCUGUCACUGUAGAGGUGGUGAUUCAUUCACUCACUGUGGUAACAUUUCCCCCAUACAAAGACAUUUUGUUUACCUGUUACCUGCAAUACAGCAUAAGAGAUGACACAAGGGUCUACUCCCAAUAGAGACAUAAAUAUCCAUACAGAAUUUACAGACAAUCCACACUGCAGUGCUUGUGUAAAAAGUGAAUCUUUAUUGUCUACUACCAUAAAUGAAGAGAUGAUCCUUUGCUAUGAGCACAAGGCCAGAACAGUUUUAUCCUAUCUUUAUUAUCUUUUUUUGCUCUCUCUCUCUUGCUCUCUCAGCAGCCUGUCAAAAACCUCAGCCCCUCCUUUCCUUAUGCGUUCUCGUCCAAAAGCACUCCGCAUCAACGGCAGAGUCCUCAGCAUCUCUUUCCAGGGGGAAGCGCUGCUCAGCCAGCUGGCAGUGAUAGGAGGCAAUAAGACUGGAGUGUUUGUGCAUCAUGUGACAGAAGGUAGCGCUGCCCAUACUGUGGGGAUCAGCCCCGGGGCACAGAUUGUGCAGGUAGGUUUAAGAGUGUCUCUGGUCACUACGGUCAUUCUAACCUUUCUAUGCACUGUGAGGGUGUUUCCAAUGAUAUUGUUGAUCUGUAGGUGAAGUACCAGCAGAACCAGAAGGCUCUGAGGAUGGUGCUGGAGGAUUCCACUUUGGAGGAGGCUUUGUGGGCUCUUGGCCAAGUCACAGGCCCCUGUCAGCUCUCCCUCCGGCCCAAACAGAAUGGUGUGUUUUUAAGAUUGCAUAGAAAUAUGUUUUGCUUUAUGCUGUACAUCCAAUAAAGGAAUGUUUGCAGCCUUAAUUAUGUUAAAGCCUUUUAAAUAUAGGGCAUUGUCUCAGUAACCUUGCCCACUGGUCUCAGCAGAUAUUUUGGUUGACCUAACAAGGGGCACGUUUCCUGCUGGAAAUCAGCUUGAGUACCUGCUGAAAAGUCACUCUGUGUUCUCACUGAACAGAUAGGCACGGUCUUUGAAAAUGCACAUACGGUUCUCCAAGUCCUUCAAUAGUGCAAAAUAAGACAUGAUACUUGUAUAUGUAUUUGUAAGACUUCUUUUGAGGUUGUCCUGUCACAGAUGAAUUUUAUAGCUUGUCACACCAAUCAUUCAAAAUGUCUGCUCGAUAACUAAUUGAUACAUUUUGUAUAGAGGCAACGGAGAACAUGUGUGUGGUUUGAGAUUGCUGAGCGCUGUGACUCCUUUAAUGUGUUCUAUUUGUAGUUUCACUGUUCUACCACUAGAUUUUGUGUGUAAGCAUGGUCAGAGUUGUGUCUAAAUUUACGCACGUUCCUUAGCACAAGUACAGGUUGAUAAAUUCCAUACUUUGCGUGGGAAUGUUUGUAUGCACUCAUUACGCACACAUCUGUGCUUACACACGGUCGAUAAAUGAGGCCCCUAGAGGGAAAGACACACUGGCAUCACAGCCAAAAAUGCUGUGAUGCCAGUUAUGAUUGAUGAAUUUCAGCAGCUAUCUGUAAAAUAAAGGGCCAAAUGCCAAAUAUUAGCUCUGUUUUUUCUGACAAAAGCACAGUACAUUGUAAAACUUGAAAUGAGUUAACAAUAAUUCAGCUAUAGAGCGAGUGAAGACUUUAUCUAGUAUGAUACCUAAGAUACAAAUGUGCAGUCCUCUUGGUCACAUUUCCUCCUGUGCCUUUCCAGACUAUGAAGCACUGCUGCAGCAGUUACAGAGUAAUGAGACAUCAUCAGGGGACUCUUUUUACGUCCGUGUCAACAUGUCCUUGCCUGCUGGUCCAAAUGGAACUUUAGCCAUGUCCUGCAACGACAUCCUUCAUGUGACCAACACACGACCAGGGGGAACGGAGGAUUCAUGGAACGCCAGCCAAGUUCAUCCCUGUCAGCUACUGGACCUUCAGAGUGGAACAGUUCCGAACUAUUACAGGUUGGUGCAGUGAAAGAUAAAUAUCCACUCAUCUGCACCUUUAUUGGAUACAUCUUUUGGAGUGCUGUGUUGGACCUCUUCAGCCUCCAGAACCACCUUGAUUCUCUGGCAAAAACUAAAAGGUGCUGGAAACAUUCUUCUUUCAUUGAUAUGGGGCAGGAUGGAUCUAUGCUUUUAUGUCGUCUACGCCAAAUUCGAGCCACACCAUCUAAAUCAAGACUCAUCAGACCAAGCACUGCUUUUUCAAUCUUCUAUUGUCCAAUAUUGGUGAGCCUACAUGAAUAGUAGCCUCAGUCCCCAGUUGUUAGCUGACAGCAGAGGCGCUGCCAGGUGUGGUCUUAUUCUGCUGUAGUCCAUCUGCUCCAAGGUUAACUGAGGUUCACAGAUACUCUUCUUCAUAGCUUAGUUAGUCAGUUUUUUUAUUUUUUUUUAUUUAACAACAAAACAGAGUGACGACAACAACAGAAUCAACAACAAAAAGAUAAAAGAUAAAAAAAUUACAAAAAUACUUUUGUGAGGGAGGGGAGGGGGAAAGAAUUUAUAUAAUAUGUAAUGGAGAAUUUAAAGAGAAAAGAAAAAAAAUCUUAAUUGGAUUACAUUGGAAUAUCUAUAUAAUAAUAUGUAUACAUAUAUAUACAUGUAUACAUAUUAGUCAGUAUUGUUGAGGAGGGGAAUAAGAGGGAAGCCAAAAGUCAUCAAAAAAAUUGACAGUGAACUGAAAUCACCACAUAAGGCACUUAAAAUGUCCCUUUUUAUGACACAGGGCACAACGGCUUUUGAUCCAUGCAAUAGAGGAAAUUAGCUUCCAGACUAAGAAGUCACAAAAGGUAAGAAUGAUGAUAAAUACUGUCAACUGUUUAACCUGUCCAAAAUAUCAAUGGUGAACUUCUUCCCUUAAAGAUUUUUACGUGUCACAAGGCUUGGAGGGUGGUGUCUCAGAAUAAAGAGAAAGCAGUGAGGAUCGUCAGCACCGGGCGACAGGGCAGGAACCCGUUGUGGAUCAGUGUGGAGGAUGACAAGGCCAAAAGUGCAGACUCAGGUGUUGUUUCACGGCCUUGAAUCACCUGUUUGAUGAACAUUUGAAUGAUUUUUCUUUUGAAACAUAUACCUUUAUCCAAAAUGUUUUCCAUUUUCUAUGCAGGUGAUUCAUCAGCAUCUAAAACCUUUAUGUCCCUCAUGCCUUACACUCUGGUCACACCCCACUACCCACCCAUCUGCAGACCCAUCUUGCUGCUGCCCAGCAUCCUGGGUCGUGUCCUGGACAAGAAGCUGGCGGGAUGGCAGGGCUUCCAGCUGUGUGAACCUGGUGAGAAAAUCUCUGUUGUUGUGCAUUUCAUUCAAACCUGUGUGUUUAUAUUUCAUAUCUUGUUAUGCUGGAGCAAUGUGUCAGCAAGGGCUUUUUUUAGAUGCAAAACAACACUCUUUUAUGCCCCUUAGGAGAAAUUUGUUUAAUUAACAGAGCACGUGCAUCUGUUGCCACAAACCAGGAAGGAAAUUAACUUUGUCUAUAAACAGUAAUAAAAAUGAGAGAGGCUAUAAAGACAGUAAAUGUUGGUCUGUGCACUGCUAUGAUAAGGUGAAAUGAAAGCUUUAUGUGCUUUGCCAGGAAGCUGUAUUAUUUAAAAGACAACUGUAAUGAAGUGAAUACAAAAACAUGUCAUCCAGACUCAAACAAAUGUCAAUGUCUCAAUAGCCACGAAGGUAAAGAUGCAUAACACUGUCACAAAAUGAAAAAAUGCACAACCCUUGUACACGUCUUCAAAACAUAACCACAAAGAUGUUAUUAUGCCGUGACUUUUCUCUCAAUUUCUCUUUCCCCUUCCUCUUCACCCUUUCACUCUACAGAGGUGCUGAGCUCCAGUGAGCAUGCAGUCCGUCUGCAGAGGUCUGAGAUCCUGGAGGAGUCUGAUCAGGACAGAAACUGCUGCUACACACUGCAGAGUGUAGAAAAAGUCAUGAAGAAGGUCAGAACCUCCAACACAAACUGCCAGAUUGCCUUAGUCAAUAAAAUUCCCACUUGAAUAACGUUAUGAGCUAGGCAUUUGAAUUACAUGUUGCUGUGGAUUAUGAAUGUGUAUUGUGAUUCAUAGAUGAUUAAGCUGCUUUGGUGUUGGGGCACCAGAAGAAAUCAGAUGUAUCUGUGUGGGCGAUGUGGGUUUUUUUUAUAAUAAGGUUGCAGGGUCAUGAAAAUCCCGAGGUGAGGUGGGAAGAAGAAAACCUAGAAAAAGAUGGAAAAAGGAGGGAGGGUUGGCAAGUAUGGGCAUAGUUUACAGGGGGUGAAAUCCAGUGACACCUUCCCUUGUGUACCAUGGUUGUAUGUUGAUAAUGUAUCUCACUAUUGGAUGUCAUUGUUAUGAAAUAUUGAAUUGCAAAUUUUGUGCAUUUGGUGGAAGGAGAGGUUGAUAGACAUAUUUUGAUGGAAACGAAGCUUCAGAUGACACUUGUGACAUGACUGGCAGAGAUCUCAUUUUUGAAUUAGAUUCAUCUUUUUCAGUCGCACUCAGCUUAUUUGUAUUUUCUGUGUCUGUCCUAACCGAGAGUGGUUAAUGCAUCUUGAGAUACUCGUAUUGCCUGGACAAAAUCCUACUGCUGUGUUUCUCUUAGAGCAGUGGCAGAGAAAUGGAGCCUUUAAUCUCCAGCACCAUCUUCAGGUCAAAAUGACACACUUCCCACAUCAAACUGGGAGCAUUCCCAUUAGCUGACUUUUCUUUCUGCAUCCUAACUGAUUUCAUAUUCACUGUGCACAUAGUAAAAUUAGAAGUAUGUGCAUCUUACUUUAAAAAAAUAAUUACAGCAGCCAAUCCUGGUUUGUGUUUUGCCUCUAGAAUCUUCAUCCCUCCUUUAAGACUGACCAUUGCAUUUUUGCACCUUUGAGAUAAUAUCUUAACCCCCUUAUAGUCAGAGCCUGCAGGUGAAGGCUGGGUAGUAGAGUUAAAAGUUAAAUCACUGGACUGGACAAGGUAGCAGUGGCAAAACAGAGGCAGAGACGAAAAAUCUUGCAGCUUAAGUAGACCACUGAAUCAUGGGGAUAUAUUGUCAGGUGAUGGUGAGAAUGAGGCAUCACAAAUGUGAAAUCAAUGCAGCUUAAGUGGCCUGCCUGAACUAGCUCCCACUAAAUGAACUAUGAAGACCUAAAUAUGAUCAUGCCCACACUUCCAUUGCACACAAGUUAGCAAUCUGCAUGAGUUAAUUCUAUCCAUUCCUCCCUUCCUUUCCUAUAACAGGGGAUCCACUGCGUGCUGCCUUUAGGGCUGGACUGUGUGCGUCGGCUGCACAGGGCUCAGAUCUUUCCCAUCAUCAUUUUCAUCGGCCAGUCUGCACGUACUGCACGUAAACUGAGGUAAACUUUCCUCCUCCUUUUAACACACCCUCACAGAGCUCAACUCUUUUCUCAUGACACUGAUAUCAGAUUGAAAUGAUCUCCAAAAGCAACCAGGUAUGACAACAAAGAAAGUUAUGCCCUCCUGCAGCUGCAAAGAGUUCUGUUCCACUGAAGCAUCCUUCACUGGAAAAACUGGUAUCUCUGGCCUGUCAGGGAAAUGUUUUGCUCCUGCAGUUGUUGACUGUUCACACUUCAUCCACGGAGAGACCUGUUCUCUCUGAUUCAGAUGAUCAACACCUGAAAACCUGAGCUUUGACAGCAAAGUGAUUUGUUUUGCUGAAUUUUUUUUUGUUUUAGCUGUGAGAAACUAACCAGAUCAUUCUUAAGUUUCUACAUUUUGACUGUCUUCAUCUAGGACCAGACCAAAGAAAAAGAUCCUGAAUGAAUUUUGCUCUCCUGUUAUUUUAUUCUUUCUGUCCAGGACAAAGCUAAAUCGCCACAGUCAGUCUGAAGAGCAGCUGCUGGCAUGUUCGAGGAGCGAGGAGCCGCUCCUGGAUAAGCUGCCAUGUCUGUAUCACAGCGUGGCUCCAGACUCCUGGUGUGAUCAGGCCUCCCUGCUGACACGCCUGCGCACCAUAAUCUGGGAGGAGCAAAAGAAGAUUGUCUGGGUGGAGCCUGAUCUGUGGUGAAGGGGAAAUGAGAACAGAGAAGGAUCUUUUAAAAUAUAGAAAAUAUGCAAACAUAAGAAGGAUCAUUUCCAUGAGGGCUAUUUAUCAUUACUGUAAAUAAUCAGAAUCAUUUGGAAGAAUAUAAUAUAACAUAUUAUAAACGUGUAUGUAUCUAUGAUACUUCUGAGUAAGUCGGUGAAGGAGGACUGUCAUGAUGUGCUUUAUACUUAAUUUUCAAAAUCCUUUGUCCAUUUUCACCAAGAAACAUGUAUGUCACUUCUGUUUUGAGGCCUUUGUUUUUAAACAAAUACAUUUAAACAUUUUAUAAAACAUCACAGCAGAUGGACAGCGUUCAAUAUUUCCCAAUAAGAAAAACAUCCACUUUGAAACUUCUUGCUAUAACCCUUUUGUUUCACAUCUCCACUUGUCUGCUUCACUGGCAUUCAUAAACAUUCCUCAUAAGUUUACUGUCAGCUUUUUAAAAACAGCGCAAGGCAGCCCUCAGGUUUUUAAAAGUUGUAUUGGCAGAAUUGACCGUUUUUGAUGAAGUCUACUUUAAUAGUUUGCACAACCUCAGAUAAAAUUUCCUGACCUAUUUUAGUACUUUUACUUCUCAUGAUGGUGACAUUUGAAACUACUCAUGAUGUCUUAGUUCAAGUGUGCAUCAAAGUAUUUUUAAGAAGCACAAAGACGCUACAGCUACAAGAAGAUGGACAGUUUUUUAAAAUAAAAAGGAAGGUAUUAUGCUUUUACACAGUAUAUAUAUGAAAAAUGGGCGAAGUUUGAGAUUGUAAGGAUGAAUGUAGUUGGAGUAAUUUCAUGAUACUGAACGGCUUGUCUGCAAGGUUUCCUAAGUGCUAAGUGUUACAUGAGAGGUACAUGAGAUUUGAUCAAAUUUGACUUCAGUGAGAAGAGAACUCCUCCUAAAGAGCACAAUGAAUGCAACACUCACCAAACUGACACCACCAUCUCUGAUCUUUGUCAUUACCAUUUGUCUGCUCCAGAACUGUACAAGUCAAAUUUGGGGUCCAUAUUUGUCACUUAAAUGAACACAGGAAUUUGUAGCUUGGCAAUAGUGGAGGAGGCAUCCAGAGUCCUGGGGAGACGCUUAUAUAGAAACAGUAGUUAACAUGAGUUGUUUCAGCUUCACUGAGUAUUUCUGAAAGUUUUUCAAAUGUCCACUGCUUUGGCUCUAUUUUAUUCUGUUGUAUAAAUAAAUACUUGAAAAAGGAA